AUGGUUCUCCCAGCUGCCUCUCGUGUCGUCGGUCGCGCCGCCCUGCGCGCAAGCCUCACUGGCACCACCUCCGCAGCUCGCCUUGGUGCUGCUGUCCCAGCUGCCAGCUCCGCUCUCCGUUCGCGCGCCUCGCCCGUCGUUGCCAGCAGCCUGCUGCUCCGUCGCAGCCUCUCCAGCUCCCCGAACUCGCGCAGCAUCAUCCCCGACGCCGAGCACCCAGCGCCGAAGCAGAGCGAAGCUUCGGACUCAGUUGCGAACACUCAACCCACUGACAUCUCUCUGUCUGAGUACCACGAGCACGCCGACCGCUACCUCGAGCUGCUGCAACAGAAGCUGGAGGAUAAGCAGGACGCGGGCGAGGGCGUUGAGGUGGAGUAUUCGGCCGGCGUCCUCACUGUCGACAAGCGUGGCGUCGGCACCUACGUCCUGAACAAGCAGCCGCCCAACAAGCAGAUCUGGCUGUCGUCGCCCGUCACCGGCCCCAAGCGCUUCGACUGGGUCGUCCAGGGCGAGUCGAUGCACCAGAAGGCCGAUGGCGGCAUUGGAGAUUGGAUCUACCUUCGGGAUGGCAGCUCUCUCACGGGGCUGAUUCGGAAGGAGUUGGGCGUUGAUGUGUCGGUUGACGGCGAAGUCCCUUAA